AUGACCCACAAGAGAAGUCUCAUCAGCUUAAGCUCAUGGGUGAUAUCUAUAGAAGGUGUGCUAAGGGAAUCAUUUGGCUUGGAGAACCCACAGAGCUUACUGAAAGGGCGUUCGUUCGUGGCAGCGUACUGGCUUUGCAGUGUGGCAUAUCACCAAGAGAACCUGGGAGAUAAGCACGAUCUCUUGAAUGGUAGCGAUGGGGGUCCGAGAAGUGGUCAAGGGACACCGAGUUUCAUGACAAUGAUACAGUUGGACGACGUCGGAGUAAAAUGGACAAUAUGUCAAUGUUGGAAAGCACUCACGGCGCUCACCCAGCGGGCAUGGUUCACACGCGCAUGGGUGGUGCAAGAAGCAACAUUGCCACCAGAUGUCCGCAUUGUCUGUGGUGGCUAUUCAAUACCCUGGAGCGAGCUCGUUCGCGCGCUGAACUUUGUUCCUUCCAUUCCAAUCAGACCUCUCGCUGGGGUUCCGCUCCCCAGUCACAUGGCUGUGGUCGAGAAGCUUCGACAAGAGGUGCCCGCUGGAAAGUCGACUCUGUUGAAUAUUCUCCUUCGCAACAACAAUUGUGAUGCUACAGUGUUAGUUGACAGAAUCUAUGCCUUUUGCGGCCUUGUCGACGAGUCCGAACUCCAAGAUGUAGAGCUGCAGAGCUUUGACUACCCAGAGCGAAACCCCAAGUGGAGUGAUGCAGAAAGAAAGAUCAAAUCGGAAACUAUAUACAGAGAGGUUUGCAAGAAGCUCUCAGUGAAUAUGCUCAGAAGAUCUGGGAACCUGGACCUUCUGAGUGGUCCCGUUGGUAACGUGGAAGGCCGAAAUGACUGGCCAUCUUGGAUUCCAGAUUGGGCCGCAAGCCAACGCCCAGGCUGCUUGCUAUUGGAUCAGCACCACUUCCGGGCCUCGAAAGAUACCAAAACAACAGGAAGCAUUGAGUUCCAACACCAGGAUACUGUGAUGGGCGUAGAAGGCUUUGUGUUCGAUCGGAUCGAGGAAGUAAGCGACACCGCAGACCGACGACCACCAAACACGUGGACAUUCCAGCACUACAAACAAUACAGAAAACGAAUGAAAACCAUGGUGGGAUUCUUACAAUGUUGCCUCAGAUGGGAAGAGAUUACCAAAGCCCGUGUAAAAGCCAAAUAUGUGGGCGGAGGAGACAUGUUGGACGCCUAUUGGCAGACCCUCCUUGCUGGUCAUGUCACACCAGAGAACCAUGAGAGUCAGAAAAAGCAGUUCCAGAGGUUUGAUAUGAUCUCUAAAGAUGGUGCCAAAAUACUCCAGUCCUGGGGACUGCCAGCUUGGCCAUGGAUCUUGUUCCUAACACCACACAAUCUUGCUGUGCUUCUUGUUCGAGCGAUGAUGACAAAGCGUGACUUUUCGGGGCUAUUGCGUAUUGGAGAUUUUACAUCAAAUCCUAAUUUUUCCUAUGUGUGGAAUCGACAUGUCAUUCGGACAUCGAUGGGAUACAUUGGGCUUUCCCCUGCGUCCGCUCGAAAAGGUGAUGCGAUAACGCUCUGCAAAGGGGCCAAAGUACCUCUGAUAGCCAGAGAAGCGAAGGACUCGCAAGGACAUUGGUCUCUUGUUGGCGAAGCAUACAUCCAUGGGAUCAUGUCAGGGUGUGUCUGGGAUGAGAACAAAUGUACUAAGAUGUGGUUUGUGUAA